AUGUCCAACCAUUUUUCUUUCCCGGACGACGACGACGACGAGUUCUCAUCACCGGCGACGCCGCAGCACAGAACUGGCCGAGGCGCCCGGAGUAAGAAUCUCUUCAGCUUUGACGGUGAACACCCAUCUACGACACCGGCAGGACCGCCGCCCUCAUCGGCAGGCAGCUCGACGCCAGCGGGCGCGCCAUCGGCAUCGUACUUUGGCAGCUCUGUGAUGCGAGGCGGUACGGAGACAGGCCGGUCGACGGUUGAGCCCCGGAAUCUAUUUACGGGCGGCCAACGCAACAAUGGAGGCUUCAGCAAUGCCCGCGGGCCCCUCGGGCAGUCGAUUCAGGGUGGAAGAUCAUUUGGGACACGGCAACCGUCUCGGCUAAGCCAGGUUGUGCACGAUGAAGGGGAUGAAGAAGACGAAGAAGAGGAGGGGACGGAAGAAGGGACGGAGGAGGGGACAGAAGAAGGGACAGAAGAAGAAGAAGAGGAGGAGGAAGAGGAGGACGACGGCGACGAAGAAGAAGAAGAGGAGGGCUCGGAGGAAGACGCAGAAGGAGAAGACGAAUACGACGACGACAAGAUGCAGGGCAGCGAUCCAUGGCUCGAUCUGGCCAAUAGCGGGAUGCAGUCGAGACGAACGUUCGGCGGCAGCACAGCGUCGCCGGUGAAGCGUGGGCCGUGGAUGUCGACGUUUGGCGCAGACGCCGAGGCGGACGAGACGCUGGGCGACGAGUCGAAUUUGCUCAUGUUUGCGACGCCGGCAGUCAACAACCGGAUUCGCAAAGAGGCCGAAGACAUAUUCCGGGCGUCGGUGGCGCGCAAUGGAGGCCAACGGCCGCCGGGAGAGUGUCGGUACGCGUCAAUCGCCAAGGGCAUGUACACGCAAAUGGGGUACGCGUUGCUUGUGGAGGCGCCAGAGCUGAUCCGACAGACGGAGCUGCACAUCAGCCGUCUGUACAGCGAGGGUGUGGGUGCAGAGGACGACGCGGGACGGCUGGACCAGGCACUGGCGGACGCAUCAGGCCAGCUGGUGUCUCUGUGGCAGGCGUACGCAGACAGUCUGCCACAGGACGAGGAGCAGACGACAGGGAUCGGGCCAGGGCCGGGGGCCAGCGCGUUUGAGAAGGCAGCAUACGUGGCGACGCUGGCACUUCAGGUGCGACACACACGCAGCACGGCAAGCGAUGGGACAAGUGAGCCGGAGCCGCUGACGGAGACGCUGUUCCGAUGGAUGUCGGAGUACCACAACAUGUACCCGGACCAGGUGAACGAAGUGCUCCGGUGCCAGCCAGGGCCGGCAUCGCACGGGAUGUUCUGGCAGACAGUGUUUGUCAGCCUGCUGCAGGGACGGGUGGACUCGGCGAUUGCGCUGCUGCGGGCGGGAGGAUGGGAGACGGUGCGGCGGGCAGGCAUGGCGGCCUACACGGGACGGGCGCUGGCCAACGUGCAGCGAGCAGUGGGCGAGACGAUUGGGAUGCUGGAGAUGUGUCCGGGCAAAGCGGACAACUGGGACAUCUGGAGCAGCGAGUGGACGAUGUUCCGGAUCCGGGCCAAGGGCACGCUGGAUCAGCUGCGGCGAUUUGCCGAGGGCCAGAGCAGGACGGAGGACGAGGAGGACGAGUACGAAUACGAGGACGAAGACGGCGACAGCUUUGCGGGGUCGCAGCGCAGCGGUGGUGGUGGUGGUGGUGGUGGCAGUGGCAGCAAGCGAGGACGAGGGUCGAUGGCCGGGCUGGCACGCAAGGCUGAGAGCCAGGUGCCAUGGGACAUCUACGAGAGCCUGAACAUUGUGUUUGACAUUGCGCUGGGAUCGCGGGAGCGAAUCCUGGCGGUGUCGCAGGACUGGUGUGAAGCAGUGCUGGGGCUGUUUGGCUGGUGGGACGAGACGAAGGUGACAGCAGCAGACCAACGGCUGCAGCAGGGCGGACUGCCGUCGUUCCGACAGAGCGGCGGUGGUGGCGGUCUGCGACCGGCGAUGUCGCUGACGAUGUCGAUGGGGUUUGGGUCCGGUCAUGGCUUCCGGACGGUGUCGACGUGGGAGAGCUACCUGGACCGACUGGCGCGAGCAUUCCAGGCGACAGGCGAGGCAGGACUGGAGAUCAACGCGAACAGCCCGCUGGAGGUGGCGGUGGCGUGCGUGCUGGAAGACAACGCACGUGGACUGGUGGGGAUGCUGCGGGCGUGGUCGCUGCCGGUGGCGGCGGCGGUGGCAGAGAUCGGGUCACUGGGGGGCUGGCUUCCGGCACAGACGACGGGAGCAGCAGCGAUGGCAGCGAUGGCCACGGGAAUGGGGGCGGGCGGACUGGCGACGGCGUUGGGCGACCUCGACAUGGAGGACUUGGAGGUGCUAGGAGUCGACCCGACAGACCCGGACGAGACAGACGGGCUGAAGGACAAUACGCUAGUGCAGUAUGCACAGGCACUAAUCAACGACGUGGAGCUGGCACCGGGAAAUGGAGGGAUGGGGGAGAGCGGAAAGAGUGGAAAGAGUGGAAAGAGUGGAAAGAGCGGAAGGAAUGGAGGGGAUAACGACGACAUGAGCGAAGACGACAGCAGGGAGGACAGCGACAGCAACGAAGAGACUUCCCCAAGUCAGAUGGAGGGCUGGGAGCUGGCAGUGCGGGUGUUGGGCCGGAUGAACUCGCCAGAGCGAUCAGAGGACACGAUUGGCGAGCUGGUGCAGACGAUGCUGAAACGACUAGACGUGGACUGUGGCGUGACGAUCGACAAGAUCUGGCGGCUGCUCAGUGACCUGGACAUGGGAACGUUUGCGAAAGAGGUGGCCGAGCACUACGGCGACCUGCUGGUGAACGAAUCGCACCGAUACGGCGAGUCGGUGUGGUAUUACGCCGUGGCCCAUCGAGCUGACAAAGUGCGCGAGGUGCUGAACCUGCUGAUAUCAUACUCGCUGCUGCAGUCGGCGGCAUAUCCGGCCGAGGCGGAGCUGGACGACCGGCUGCGGCAGCUGCUGUGUCGGCGUCGGGCCACACUGGAGCAGUUGGCACGUCGCGAUCUAGACGCAGCCGAAAUGCUGGGCCGCAUGCUGAGCGGCUAUGCCACACUGCGCCGGUUCUACGAGCUGCGGGACGACGAGACGGUAUCGCUGGCGCGACGGCGGCCGGCAGCAGCAGCUGCGCUGACGGCUGUCAUUGCCAGUGCCGACGACAACGUCCGCGGCGGGUUGUACGACAGCUCGCGCGACUCGGUCGUGUCCGAGGACUUUUUGCUGGCGCUGCUAGGCGAGGCUCUGGUGUUUACAGAGGCGUCUUCGGUGUUGGCAGUGAGAUCAGUCACGGGACCAGUCACGGGAUCAAAAUCGAAACCCCUCACCACUGCCGACUUGACGACAGCACCGCCCGUGAUGGCAGCCGAGACGAUCGAUGUACUGCUCAAGGCGGUCGAGGACCUGCAGACGCUGGCGGGCUCGCGCGUGUACGCGGCCUGCGACGAGUUUUUCCAGGUCGUGCUGGCGAGCGUGCCGGGCGGGCUGUGGGGGGCGACGCCGGCCGACCUACUGCGCAAGAGCACGGCCAACCUGUCGGGCAGCGUGUCGUCGUCGUAUGUGCUGGCGGGCAGCUCGAUGGUGGCGAGCCAGCUGCAUCGGGGCUUGGGGGGGGCAGCAGGCCCUGCAUCAUCCACGGCCGUCCGUCGUGGCUGGGACUGGCGCAGCGACCUGACCGCCAGCACGACGGCAACCGAAGUGCUGCAGCGCAUGCGCCAGGGCCUCAGCCGGGCUCUGGCACGGCUAUGGGUGGCCGAGGCCGACGGUGCCGCCAUCCCGUCGCUGCUGGAGAACCAGCACCCGACGGCCGAGCGGCUGCCGCUGUCGACAGGCGGCAUCCUGAUCGACGUAGCCGAGGUCCACGGCUCACGGCGAGCAGAAAGGAUGACCAUGGGCGACAACAAGGACGUGACUGUGAGCGGGACAGCCGAGACGGAGGCGUUGGGGACUGCUGAGCAGGAGAUUGUCGAGUAUGACAUUGCCCGGGUCGAGCAGGUGUACCGGAAACUCGACAGACGGAUCAUUCCAGCCUUCUGGGUGCUCUACUUUCUCUGCUCGGCGAUCCGGUCCAACAUUGGGAUCGCCCAGACGAUGAACGAAAGCGCGGGCCACGAUCUCAAGACGAAGCUCAAGCUGACGGCCAACGACACGUCGACGGCCCUGACGCUCUUCUACGUCUCGUACGUCCUCUUCGACUUCCCGUCCAACCUGGUGAUGAGCCGGCUGAGCCCACGGAUCUGGAUGGCACGCAUCGUCUUUGCCGUCGGCGUGAUCGGCACCUGCUUCACAGCCGUGGGCGCCGCCUGGAGCCUCAAGCUGCUGCGCUUCCUGUUGGGCGUCGUCGUGGCCGGCAUGUGGCCGGGCAUGGCCUUUUACCUCACUCUCUUCUACCCGCCGUCACGCACGGGCAAGCGCAUCGGCAUGUACUUUACGGCUGCGCAGAUGUCGGCCGCCGUCGUCGGACUCGUCUCGGCCGGCUUCCAGCAGAUGGACGGCCGCUGCGGCCUGACCGGCUUCCAGUGGAUGUUCCUCGUCUACGGCCUGCUGGCCGUUGUGCUGGGCGUCGCCCUGCUCUGGUGGCUGCCUGAUCGACCGCUGGUUCCUGGCACCGUGCGACCACCUCCUGCGCACUGGCUUCUUGCUUGGGUGCCGAAGCCGGCCGAAGCACUCGUCGGCGACGACGCCGUCGUGCACUACCACGAUCUCCGACGCGUCUACCACGCCCGACCUUGGACGCUGCGCGAUCUAGGCCGCGUGCUGCUCGACUGGCGCCUCUGGCCGCUCGUGCUCAUGUACUUUGGCGUCGUCGGCGUCGGCAUCGGCACCCAGCUCUACGGCUCCGUCAUCAUCGCCGCCAUGAACCCGCAUUUUAGCGACAUUGUCGUCAGCUUGCUGUUCGCCCCCAUUUGGAUCAUGGACCUGAUCGCCAUCCUGCUGGUCACCCCCGUUUCCGACCGCUUCCACCGCUACCGCGCCGUCUUCUUCUCGGCCGCCGUGUGCAUCCAGAUCGCCGGUCUUCUCGUCGUCAGCUUCGCCCCCGCCUCCAAGCCCUACUCUCGCUACGGUGGCAUGCUGAUGCUCGGCUUCGGCCUCGGCCCCACCGUGCCCAUCUGCAUGACCUGGACCAACGAGAUCUUCCAGCGCCGCCACGGCGAGGUCGGCGUGGCCGCUGCGUCUGCCCUCGUCUCUGGCCUCGGCAAUCUUGGCAGCAUCACCACCACCUAUGCCCUCUACACCGGCUGGCCGGCCGACGCUGCUCCUGGACCCCAUCAGUACCGCGACAGCAACCUGGCCAUGAUCGCGAUUCUCUGCGUCAGCAUCGCCAGCAGCUUCGCCAUGGUCGUCCUGCUGCGCGUCUUUGACGGCAACGCCAACCUUGACCCUGUCGAUGGUGCUGCCCGCCGCGAGACCCAGCAGCGUGGCUUCCAGCACAUGUGGCGCUGGGGCCGCAAGCCGCAGCAGCCGUCGACGAGGUCGACGACAGUGGGCUAG